UAAUAAUAAAGAAAAUAAUAGUGAAAAAGAAAAUGAUCAGAACAAUUCAAUGCCUGAAGAGCCAACAACUUGCUGUAUGUCAGGCUGUGCAAAUUGUGUAUGGAUUGAAUAUGCAGAAAAAUUAACAAAAUAUUAUUUAGCAAAAAGUAAAGAUCUAAAUAAUUCAAAUGAUUUUGCAAAAGUCAAAAGUCACAUUUUAAAUAAGGUAUCUGAUUCUAAUAUGCAAGCUUACUUAAUGAUGGAGCUUCGGAUUCUAGAGAAAAAAAUUCAAGAUAAAACUUGACCAUAGUCUGGCAC